AUGGAUGAUUUCGAUGUUGAUCUCAUUGAUGAACUUUGUUCAUCUUUUUGUACACCAUGUACAAGUCAAAAUACAAAAAAUGAUAAUGAUACAAAAAAUACAAAUGAAUCAUUAGUAUUAUCAAAUCGUAAACGUACAUCAACAUUGAAUCCUCUUGAUAGUUCUAAAAUUAAGAAAGUGUGUUUAUUGGAUGUAUCAAAUAGAUCAAUUGUUGAUGAAUAUGAUGAAAUCAGUACACUUGAUGAAUCAGCUCUUCAAAUGCUUUGUGAAGAAUGGGAACCAAAAUCACAAUUUCCAACUUUAUUGACACGAGUUGCUGGUCUACUUGAAAAAUAUCGAAAUAUUCAAUCAUUUCAUACUUGGCAAAAGAAAUGUCUCGAUUUACCAGCUCGUCGAAAAAAUCAAAAUCUUAUUUAUACACUUCCAACAAGUGGUGGCAAAACAUUAGUUGCUGAAAUAAUGAUGCUUAAUUGUUUACUUCAUCGACAUCUUGAUGCUAUUUUUAUUUUACCAUUUGUUGCAGUUGUUCAAGAGAAAGUUCGAAGUCUUCAACCAUUUGCUGAUGAACUUGGUUUUCAUCUGGAAGAAUAUGCAGCAAGUAAAGGACGUUAUCCACCAAUAAAACGUCGAAUGAAACGAUCACUUUAUAUUUGUACAAUUGAAAAAGCUAAUUCAUUAAUAAAUAGUUUAAUUGAAAAUCAUCGUAUGGCUGAUUUAGGGAUUGUUGUUGUUGAUGAGUUACAUAUGAUUGGUGAAGGACAACGAGGAGCUAUACUCGAAAGUCUUCUUACGAAAGUACGAUCAGUUACACCUCAACUACAAAUUAUUGGCAUGUCUGCAACAUUAGCUAAUAUUGAUGAUUUACUUAAAUUUCUUGAUGCACAAUUUUAUGAAGAACGUUUUCGACCAGUAGAACUUGAAGAAUAUGUUAAAGUAAAUGAUAUUGUCUAUAAAAUUGAUCGAAAUAAUUCCAAUGAUAAUAAUCAAUUAAUUGAACAUCGACGAUUAGAUUUUAAAUAUACAAAACAACAUUUAUUAAAUGAUCCUGAUCGACUUGUUGGUUUGGUUUCUGAAGUUAUUCCAAAUGAUUCAUGUCUUGUUUUUUGUCCAUCAAAAAUAAAUUGUGAAAAUGUUGCUCGAUUAAUUAUUAGUUUUAUGCCUGAAAAAUUACUUGAAGAUAAUCGUGAAAAACGUUCUAUUUUACUUGAAUCAUUAGUUGAAGUUAAUGAAGGUAAUCUAUGUGAUACACUCAAAACAACAAUUCCAUAUGGUGUUGCUUAUCAUCAUAGUGGUUUAACAGGCGAUGAACGUCAAUUAAUUGAAGAAGCAUUUCUUGAUGGAAUUUUAACAUGUUUAACAUGUACAUCGACUCUUUCAACUGGUGUUAAUUUACCAGCAAAACGAGUUAUUCUUCGAUCACCUUAUGUUGGUAGUCAAUUUUUAACUCUUGCACAAUACAAACAAAUGAGUGGUCGUGCUGGUCGAACAGGACAAUCUCAAACUGGUGAAUGUUAUGUAAUUGCUCAUGAAAAAGAUAUGAAACAACUUCGAGAAAUGUUAUUUACUAUAGAUGAAAAUAAUACUGGUUGUGAUAGUCAUUUAGCUAUAAAUAAUAACUAUGCAAUUAAACAACUUAUAUUAAAUGCAAUUAGUCUAAAAAUGUGUUCAUCAUAUGAUUCAUUGUUAAAUCUAUUACAAAAGACUCUUCUUGCUUUACAAGCUGAUCGUCUUGAUAUUAAUCUUGAAAAUAUACUUGAUGAAUGUUUACAAUAUCUUAUUGAUGCAAAAAUAGUUCAUAUCAAAGAACAAGAAAAUAAUGAUAAUAGUAAUGAAAAAAUUAAAAAAGAAAUUUUCUAUGAAACAACAAAAUUAGGCAAAGCAACUGUUGAAGGUAGUGUUGAAUUAGGAUUAGCUAAUUCAUUAUACAAUCAUUUAGCAAUAAGUUUAAUUAAUAUGAAUUUGGAAAAUCCAUUACAUUUACUCUAUAUUACAAUACCAUUUGAUCUACCUAAUAUAACUAUUGGAUUUCGUCAACUUGUUGAUCGAAUACAAGAAAUGAAAAAUGAAGAAAAACUUGUAUUCAAAUUAUUAGAAAUUGAUGAAACAUUUUUACAUAAAAAAGCUGUUGGUUUACCAGCACAACAAAAAGUAAGCAAAGAAACAAUGUUACGUUUUUAUAUUGCUAUGAUAUUAUAUGAUCUAUUCAAAAAUAAAAGUUUUUAUGAUGUUGCUCAAUAUUGGGAUCAAUCUCGUGGUACAAUUCAAAAUCUUUAUUCUCAUGUUGCUUCAUUUGCUACAUCAAUACUUUAUUUUAGUAAAUCUUAUGAUGAAUUUUGGCCUUAUCAACAAUUAUUACCAAUGUUCAUUCAACGAUUAACAUUUUGUACAUCAUUAGAAAUUCUUCCAAUUAUGGAAAUUCCAGGAAUAAAACGAGGUCGUGCUUUACAAUUAGUUCGUGCAGGUUUUCGUACACUUCGAAGUUUAGCAAAAGCUCAACCUGAUCAGCUUAUGAAAGCUGUACUUAAUUUACCAUUACGAACAGCACAAAUUCUUGUUAAACAUUCAAAACGUUUACUUUGUGAACAAGCUGAAGAUUUAAGAGAUCAAGCAGCUGAAUUAGUCGAAAAUAUUGAAUAA